CCUGGCUGCCGAAUGUAGGUGUGUUCCCAGCUAAUAUCAACAGUUGAGCUGGUGAACAUAUCACAGAGGGACAGGAGUAAAUGGUGUGUGAUAGCAUGUAGCAUUCUCUGACCACUGCUGAGGAAUGUGAGCGAGGAAUUUACUGCACCUAACGGGGAUGCUUCUGCUCCAUGUGUUUUUCAGCUUUGAAACCUUUGAAACUCAACCUCCCUACUGAUGCUGCUGAAUUAUGAAUAGGGAGGAGAGUUAUGAAGUCCUUUAAUAUGUUUAACGGUUGAACAAGUGCUGCUCGGAUUUUAGCCAUAAACUUCAAAAAGUUUCAACUGUAGGGAGGAAAAACGCAUUUUAUCGCACAUGUUUGCUUAAAGUCAUUACUGUAUAUCCAAACAGUUUUGCAUAAGAGUGUUUGGAUGUCAAGAGGAAAAACAUACGUUGAUGACAGCUAAAGUUGAACCACAGAGUCUUCAGAUACUGGGCCCAGUGCCUGCAUGUUGUCGCACAGUUACACUAACGACGACGCUAAGCUUCUGUUCUAAUUGUUCACAGUCCCUGUUGCUCUAAAAUGGAGAACAUUGACAAAUAUGAGCAUUAUGGUUGGAUUAUCCCUGCUCACGCUGCAGACAGUGUAAAAGAUGCACAAUUCUGACACUCAAAUGCACAUGCUCACACACUUUCUGACUCAAAAAUCUGUCAACUGCAUGUGCAACACUGGCUCAGGAUUAUAUAGGCAAGGAUCAAUUACAUUUUCCAGUGUUUGUGUUGACUUCAUUAUGAGCCAAUUUGUACUGAAAUCCGUUUCAACUCAGCAGGACUCGCUGCCUAACACGAGGCACAGUUUGGUGGUUUUGCUGGUUAUUAGCAAUAUGCAAUUACACCCAUAAAUUUCCAGAAUCCCCUGGUAAAACAUGUAUUAUUUGCUGACACGAUUUUUGGUGAAACCGCAAGAGAUUUAUAUGCCUCAUGGAGAAAAUAUGAGAGCAUGUCGAACUGCUUAGCACUGGCUGCAGUCACACCAGACAAAAAAAAUCUCACUAGUAAAUCUAAUGACCGCAUUUGCUGAUAUUCUUACUUGUGCAAUAUUUUUCAUAUGCUGAGGUGCUGCCGAGGCUGCUGCUCUGCAAGCUUUUCCUCGCAGAGCUCUCCAGAGAAGUGAUUGGACAGCGGGAGAGCCAAUAGGCGGCAGAGCAGCAGGUUAUUUGAACUCUCCUCACACAGCUCAACUAAACCAGACAACAUCCUCUGACUUUUCAAACAUUAUUCUCUCAUAAGAGUCUGUCAUCAUCUGUCUGCUCAGUCACUGCUCCCGUGAGCACAGAAAGAAGCGCAAGGAACACUUUUUAACCUUUUUUUAAUUACCUUUACAUCAAGUGUAUCCAGGAUGGGAACCUGCUGCUUCUAUUUACAUCUGGAAGUCUACUGAUGCACCUGUUGAUUGAGGAGAACUCUGUGUUUAACAAUGAACAAAGUUGCUGUGAUGAAGUCUGAUACUCUGCUUCAUUUGGAGGACAAGAGGAGAGCAGAGGAGAGGAGCAGACUGAACUGUGUAGACUUACCUCAGAGCAGUUUAACAGACGGGCAGAACACAGACCUGCUGCAAUGCCAGGACACCACUGAACACGGCUCUCCUAUCAAGUACAGAAGAUAUGGGUCUCGUUUGGGUGGGGUCAAAGUUCGACACAAGAGACAGGUGCUACAGGACAUGGCUCGACCACUGAAACAUUGGCUGUACAAACACCGGGACAACCCCUACCCCACCAAGACAGAGAAGGUCCUGCUGGCCCUGGGCUCACAUAUGACUCUAGUGCAGGUUUCAAACUGGUUUGCGAAUGCCCGCCGGAGGCUGAAGAACACAGUGAGACAGCCAGACCUGAGCUGGGCCCUGAGGAUCAAACUGUACAAUAAAUACAUCCAGGGAAACGCUGAGAGACUGAGCGUGUGCAGUGAUGACACCGACUCAGAUGAUGAAGAGUGUCCCUUACAAACUCCUAUCAGCCAAUCCGACUUUGGCAGGUCAUCUUCCCACAAGAACGUGCUCCAGAAACAGGGCAGCGUCCUCGCCAUGGCAGACUCCAACAGUGACGACAGUGCGUCGCCUCCAUCCAAGUACAAGAGCAGUUUACUGAAUCGGUAUCUGAACGACACCCUGCGGCACAUGAUGGCGGCGAAGGCUGAUGGCGUCACGUCGGCCCGCAAGAGGAGGAGCCAUUCCGAGUCGUUCAGCUCCAACGAAUGUGAUCAAGAUGUUGUCUCCCCAGCGUCGUCCUACGAAACAGAGGCCAACUUUGUCUACCACAUGGAUACAAUGGACUAUACUUCAACUAAAUGUGACAGGGACCAGCAGCAGGACCGAGGCCAGCAGAGACGAGUCGAUCAGGGCUGGAGGGAGAUCCACGCCGCCGUGGCUCUGACCAACUUGGCCCAGGGGCAGAGCUGCACAGCAGACCGGAGCGGCGUAACCGUGCCCAGCGUUGGCACAGGGCAGAGCUGCAACCGAGAGCCCUUCUCGGUUACGAGGACCACUAUCAUAGACAGGAUGUGUGUCACGGGACCCACCUCAGCUCUGAGGCAGAGCUGCACCACGGGGCCCACUCUCACCAGCCGCAUCAUCCAGAAGUCCUCUCAUAUCUCUGAGGUCCAGACUGUUAACGUGGCCCUGGCACACAGUGUGUAGGCAUUUCAUUUGAGCAUCUGGUCUAUCGUUCCAUAUAGGAAUACCAGAUGUUUAAGUGCCUUGCAAUAUAUGUACAGCCUCUGUUAUUUUGUAAUGCUGAUAAACUUUGACAUUUUCAAUCAUUUUUACAUUGUAAAAUGGAAAAACUGAUCUAACAUAGUUGAAUAUUUUCUACUGUUUUUGCCAUGUUUCUAAUGUCUUCCUAUUUGUGUCUGUUGCAGUAAGUUAUAUUAACUUCCAUGAGACUGGAUUAUCAUCCAAUGCUUAGGUUUGACAGCAGCUAUUUGAAUAAACCCAAUGUGAAAUCUUUUGACCAGUUAUUUGCUUUAAAUCAGUGCUUUGCAGUGGCUGAAGCUGCAUAGUUAUGUUUUCCUGAACUGUAUUUAGUGGUAGUUUUCAUGUAUGCAAUUGUGGGUCUCGCAGUUUCAUUAUAUCCUUUCAAAUUGCUUUUUAAAAGGUUGUGAUAUGGGCAGAAGGGUGGCAUACUGAGCUGAGCAGGGAUACGGUUCUUCAAGCAGAGCGCUGUGGUUAACGUUCUUCUGAUGAGCACUGAUCCAGAUUCACAGUGGUAGUUAGACAUGAGCAACUUCUAGAAAUGUGUUGAAAUGCAUGUCAUUAAAUCAGCAGAAAUCCAUGAAAUAUGACGUAUAAGGCUGAAAACUCACAGGGGACGCGUUGCAGUUUCCCGAUAUAAAGAUAAAAGGGCUAUAAUCAAUAUUAUUGUAUUAAUGGAUCAAAUGUGUAUGUGAAAGAGCUAAUUGUAACUAAUUGUUUUGGUUUAACAGCCCAAAACUUGUUGUUUUGGUUCACUCUCACCGCUCUCAUAGCGUUGUCAUUGGUCACAGGCAGCUUUAACUGUUUUCAGAGAAAAAGCUCUAAAAACCGACUGUAGGCUAGCUUUUCAGCACCAAACGGUCGACUGAAAAAGUUAGCAACAUAGAGCAUUUAGGAGCAAGCUAAAGAGCCAGAGUUUCUCUCAGGAGUUAGCUUAGUUGAGACCAAAAAUAGAGAUUAAAGGAGUAAACAUUGGGCAUUCAUCAGGUCACCAUAAAUACGACUCCAAAUGAAUGCUAAAGUUGCUCCAUGUCGGCUGUAUGUGUAAAUAGGUUUCUGCUAGCUAAAAAGUGAAGUCAGUGUUGUUUUUACAGCUUGUUUCCGCUGCCCCCAAGUGGCCUAAAAGUCAGUUAAUGCCGGUUCAAGUUUUUGGAAGACUUCUUGAUAAAAUUGUGAAUGUAUUGUAAUGAAAUAAUAAGGUAAGUUGCUCACAGCUACAAUGUGAUGUCUGUCCGAGGAACAAAAUCUUGUUUUUCUGUAUUUUCUUACAGCAAACAUCUUUCUGAUAGGUGAGACACACAACUGUCAUCUGUUUUUGAUGUUAAAACAUAACAUGAAUGCCAAAUAUGAGAUCUCAGGAAUUUCCUGACCUCAAUAUGGGGUCAACUGCCAAAAACUUGUUAUUGGAAAUAUAGAGAACACGAUAAGCCUCUGGGGAAUGUCUGGUACUCUGCCUCUGAGGAGAGACUUGUGGGGAGCGUCCUGUUCCAUCUGGGGACAUCCUGACACCAAACAUAAGCUAAUAAUCACGCUCUGUCCCCUGGACUAUUUUAUAAAACAUGAUUAACAGGAUUUUUCCACUUGUGUCCCAGUUUUGGUCUGUUUUUUAACAUUUUGUGCAAAGAAUGUUUUCUGUCUUGCAUGUACGACAGGCUAGUCAUCAAGAAAGUAUUAUGGAAAGAGUACCUCACUCCUGUUUCCACUGUAAACCUGCCUUUGAUUAGGUGGACUUCUACACAACAUGGAAACUAAAUGGCAGCUCUCAAAUGGCAAUUAAACAAUAAUCAGUCUGAGAGUGACGGCA